CCUACCCCUGAUUUGUCCUUUCAGAGAGGGGUGAGAUACACUUACAGGUAUAGCACAACAAUUACCACCACCCUUCACGGCUCCAGUGCUGGCAGGAAUGGACUGGCUUUGGACUGUGUGGUUGAUAUCGAUGUGGUCUCCAAGUGUCACCUAGUAAUGCAGAUUAGGAAUCCUCAGAUAAAGCGGCUCUCCUCUCAGAAGGAGCACUCUGUGCAGCGCUUAAAAAGCCUGAGGGAGUCACUGGAGAGAACGCGCCUCAAGUUCUCCCUCCAGGGGGGAAAGGUCACGGCCCUUUGUCUCCAGGAGGGGGAGCAGGUGUGGGCCCUCAACAUUAAAAGGGCUCUACUGAGCAUGCUCCAGACCUCCCGCAUGGCUGCCAAACAGGAAUUAGAAAAUGAGACGGAUGUGUACGGGACGUGCACCAGCAGGUAUGAAAGGAGAGGACCACUGCUGCUGAAGACCAGGAACCUAAAACAGUGCCAAGAGUCAAGGCUGGCAAACUUCUGGCCUCAUUCAGUAGCUUUAACUGAAGAUACAUCAGUGCAGACAGAACUACACUGUGUUCAGCGCCGUGGAUCUACAGUGAUGGAGGAGGUCAACUGUACAGAAGCUGUUUCCAUGGCAACAUGGUCCAGGACUGCAGGUUCAGUGAAAACCCAAACUGUGUCCACGCUGCUCCUGCUCAGAGCCCAGCCAGGGACUCCUCCAAGAGCAGAGUCUUUAAGUCACGGUGUGCUAACAGACCUGCAGUUUGAGGAGGAGGGAGCUGCACGGCCAGGAAAAUCCAGGACAUCAACACCACAGCAAGCCAGUCAGACUGUCAGGAAGUUAUGUAGCCUCACAUCAGACCCACAACUGGUAUCACAAGAGUUCCUUCAACUGGCUUUCCAACUGAGAGAUCUGACUCUCUCUCAACUCAAGACACUUUGGCAAGAAGCGUCUUUCAAGUGCCGCAAUGACUGGCAGCCGUUGUUAGAUGCAUUACCAGCGUGUGGGUCUGAAAGCUGUAUCGUACUACUGACUGACCUGAUGAGGAACAAAGAGGUGGAAGAGGAUCAGGCUCACUCCUUCCUCACCACCAUAGCCCUCAUCCCACAUCCAUCCACACAGAUCAUCGACUCCAUCAAUGCCUUGCUCGAAGUCCCAGAGAUGCGGUCCAAGGCCUUGUUGGCUGGAUCGUCUUUGGUCUAUCAGCUGUGCCAGAGGUCCCAAACCCCAUGCAGUGAUCUUCCUCAUGUACAGACCUUUAUGCAGACACUACAAAAAACUCUGAGGGACGGCUGCGAGGGAGAGGAACCCACUCGAGUUUUUUAUGCACUGAAAGCAGUGGGGAACACUGGUCUGUCUGCUCCAGUCUUCACUCCUCUGCUAAAUCGCUGUGUGCUCGCCCACUCAGCAGCACUUGAGCUGAGACUUGCUGCUAUCCAAGCCUUCAGACGCUUUCCCUGCUCAGCUGAUAGGUCUGUGCUAUUGCAGCUGUACCGCUCCUCCCAGGAGGAUCCUGAGGUCAGAAUCGCUGCAUACCAGCAGCUCAUGCGCUGCCCCGACCACAACGUGUUCGAAGUAGUGAAGAUGACGCUGAGGAACGAGACCUCCAGCCAAGUGGGCUCAUUUGUGUGGAGUCACCUGACCAAUGUCCUGAGGAGCGAGGACCCCAUGAAGCAGGCCCUAGUCGAGUCUCUGCCUGAUGACAUAAUCAGCCGAGACUUUGAAGCCGAAUUUUUAAAAUACUCCUCCUAUUCAGACCACACUGUUGCUUCAGGCAUGGGAAUCACAAAUCUGGAAACAUCUUUGAUUUUCUCUCCCAAAUCAUUUCUACCAAGAUCUGCCACUGCCAACCUCACAGUGUAUUUUCAUGGUAGAGCCCACAACCUUAUGGAAGUGGACUUUCACGUAGAAAAUGCCGAACCACUUUUAAAGAAUAUUUUCAGUCACCAGACUCACAACUCUGACGGAGAGUCAGCCGCUCACAAUCAAAAACAUGAGACAAAGAGGACAAGAAGAAAAACAGAUGACAGCAACAAAGGAGAAAAAGAAAAGUGCUUAUCCAGCACCAGCAGUUAUCUGAACCAGGCCAGGGCCAUGUUGUUUGGGAGAAGGAGGUCAGAGGAGAACAGGCCUAAGUGCUGGGCUGGUGUGAAGGUGUUUGGGAAUGAGCUCAGUGUGUUUACAUGUGAAGAUCUCCACAAUCAAAUCAACCAGCUGUCACUGAGCGCGGCAGGACUGGCUGUCAAACUGCUCAAGGGUCAUGAGGUUCAGCUGAACCACAGGGCCGUGCUGAUGACAGAGGAGCUGCUUUUACCGUCACUGUCUGGUUUGCCCGUCAAACUGGGAAUCAACAUGACCUCCCUCGUUUCACUGCAUCUGAAGGGCAACGUCAACUACAGGGAUACCUCUCACUUUUCCCUGACCGGAUACAUCAAACCCAAUGCAUAUGUGGGGCUGUCAGCCAGGAUGGGGGUUGACGGUGCCCUUGGUCAGGCUGCGGUGGACUGGGUCUCCGAGCUGAGGAGCUCCACCAGUCUGGACGGCAGUGUUCAGCUGCAGGAAGGCCGGGAUGUCAGGGUCACACUGAACACACCUGAGGACGUCAUGGACAUCAUCUCUCUCAGCUCCAGAGUGUUUCAGCUCAGUGGAGACCACAGAGAGGAGAUAAAGGGGCCAAAGAGUCGAGUCCAGAAGACCACCUGCACACCAAAGACUUGGUCCAAGAUGGUCGGCUGGCAGCUGUGCUCCAAUGCAUCUUAUCCAUUACCUGCUGCAGGGAUGUCACUACCCCCGGCUGGACCCAUCCAUCUUUCUCUCAGGAUGCUGAAGCUGGACAGAGGACUCCAUUACUACCUACUGGAGGCUGCCUACUCACUGCUCCCUCAGAGAGGCACCUGGCUUCCCAGAGAGGCCUCCAUCCACCUCCUCCUGGCCACUCCUCAGUCCUCCAUCCCCAGGGACAUGUCUCUGGACUUGGCCUUCAAUCCUCACAGACUGCUGCUGAGGAUCACGCAUCCUCUGAAGACCAUCCACAUACAAGGACAACUUGAACAAGAGAGGAGUGUAAAGUCGGGAAAGCUGGAGUUAACGAUUGACGGUGUUCAUUAUUAUAUCAUGGGUUUGGUUGACACUCAGACCCUCCUGUCAGAGCAGAGGACACGCUACCACCUUGAAGCCAAGAUGGCUGCUGGUGGACAUCCCAUGAUUCUCUCUGCUAAUGUUACUCGUGGACAGGGCAGGAAGACCAGCUUCUCUGCCACUGUGAAGAAUGUGUUCAGAGAAACUGCAUCACUGUCAGUGGCCCUGGAGCACAGGCGUGACAGCAGCAGCAGGCAGUACUCUGUGGAGGCGGAGCUCCUGCUACCCGGUGUUUUCGGCAGCAGGAUGCUGGGACUGAUGGAGCAGAAGGGCUCGCUGUGGAGCUCCGCGCUCAGGCUCAAAUAUGGUCUGAGAGGUGAUGCUCGGCACCUGCGUCAGGAGUGCUACUCGUCUCAGAGACUGAAGAGUGAGAGAGACUCAAACUCCACCUACAUCAUGAGGGCAGAUCAUGAGUUCUACUGCUCCAACACUGCUCCUAUCAACCACAAGAUUCAGCUAAGACACGAGGAAAGCCCCAGCCACAUUAAAUCAGCCCUGGACGUGAGCUACGGCAAACACUGGGAUGAGAUUAACAACAAACGCACACUCCUCCUGAGCCAGUCCUUCAAAAACCAGUCCACACAAAAUCACACCAGCUACACACUGGAGUUCAGUCUCCAGGUACCAGAGAAAAAUUUAAACUACAGGACUCAGCUUCUGCACUCUCACCUGAGACAGCUUGGGUCUGAGAGCAGCACUCACUUAAAAAUCAACUACAACAACCUGAUGCCGCUGGUGGCCGGGUUACACUGGAAAAGCCCUCCCAAAGAUGCUCUGCAGAAGAAAUGGGAGGGCACAUUUAACAUGGACACACCGUGGCUGUACAUCUACACCGCCCACAAGCUGAGUCACCUCCAGCGCCACACGCUCCAGCUCACAUCGGAGCUGACAGCCAGCAAGUGGCUGACCAUCCGUAACCUUGUCCUGGAGGGUUUAUACCGGGACAGGGGCAGGGAGAGGGAGGCCCGUCUGGAGCUCUACAUGCCAGCUGUCACCUACCUACAAGCAGCAGGGUGGGGCGUGGUGGGGAAGCGAAGUGUGAAGGGUUCCUGCUCCUUGAGCUCACUGUGGACUCCUCCCCUGAGAGGAGAUGUCUCUCUGGAGGCCUCUAAAUUCAGCCACACCCUGCAGAUGGCCUCUACCUACGGCAAACAAAAUGUCAGCCUGGCUGCUGCCCUGAACACUGCAGACAAGAAUUUGAAAAAGAGGCAAGUGACCCUGAAGAUGACCUUCUCAAGACCGAAGAGUCCAUCCACAGAGCUGGAGUUUGAGGGGGCUGUGGAGGAGCUGAGGAAGGACAAGAAGAUGUAUCAGAAAACAGCAGUGCUCCAGCUCAGACAGCCCUUCCAGACCUUUCCGCAGACCCUCCUCCUGAGGGAAACUUUCACCGUUGACCUCCUCAAAGGCCUCUACAUUUUGGAGUCCAAAGCUGGUUUCCAUGGAAACAGAGAGGUCAUCCACACCCUCACUCUGGGCUACCAACCACCGAGCCCUUUUGUUUGUUCUGCACUGGUCCAUCCCUUCAGUUCUAACACUAUCCCAUCCGACUCAGAAAUCUGUGUGAUUGUAACCAGCAACCAGACACAGAGGGACAUACAGGGGAGGUUACGGGUCGGCAGCAAAGAGAGACUGACUUUCUUUGGACAAGUUCAGUUGAAUCCAACUCAUCAAGUGAUAAAAGUUAGAGCCAACUUUACCCACCAGCUCCAGCUGCAGCUCCCCUCCUCUGCCAAAAUGGAGGGAGAUGUACAUUGGAACCCCAAAAACAACACUGGCUUUGAUUAUCAGGCCAGAGGGAAACUGAGAAUAGAGCGACAGGAGUGCCAACUUUCUAUACAGGUCAAUGGAUCAUCAGAUAGAGUGGGUCUGUAUUCGUCUCUCAGUCAUCCCUUCAAAUCAAAGAUCCCCAAAACUCUAGAGGUAAAGGCCACUGCAGACAUUUCUACAGUGGCUGGUAAAGGGAGUAGCACAGUCCACGUGAAGGCUGAUGGGAAGGACAGGGUGAAGCUGGGUGCCCAGAUGGCCCACUCCCUCCAGAGGGAACACAGAGCCAUGGGACUGAGGAUGAACCUCUCCCAGAGCUUGCUGCCUAUGGCCACUGACUUGCACGUAAACAUGGCUGCCAACAUGUCCUCAGACAGUGUGUCUUUACAUGGCUCUUAUACGCAGGGGAAUGAGCUCCUGCUAGCCCAGAUUAAAGGAUCUCUAAAAAACACCCAGGCUCUCCAGUUGGCUGUGUCAGGGGACCUAAGGCACUCUAUGGCCAACCUUGCUAUUCUUCCUCCAGCCCUGGGGUUGGAUGGGGCACUGGGACAGUCUGACACUCUCAUCGAAGGACAGCUGAGAGUUAGAGUAAUGGAGACCUUGUACAGUAUAGAGCUGAAACAUCAGGAGGAUGCUAGAGAAGCUUUGGAUAGUGAAGAUGAAGAAGGAAUGAUGGGAAAAAAGUCCAGAGAUUGGCUGUGUGUUUGGUCUGGGGAGGAGAAUUUGUGUCUGAACUUAACCCACCAACUGGGGAAUCCAGGAAGGGGUGAGGUCUACACCCAGCUCUCUCACUCUCUCCACCUGCUUAAUGCCUCAGGUGUACCUGCCAACAGUAAUGCCCAGGUGAAGUGGGCCCAGGAUGGCGGUCGACUGUCACUUCUGGCAGAGCUGCAGGCUGGACCUGAAUAUCUGAAGGCUGAAUUUAAUGGCGGCAAGACAGACCAUCUUAUCCCACGAUGGGAAUACUUCUCAGGGCUGCAGCAUCAAGUCAAAGCCCUGCUGGAAAGAGGCUUAUCAAGCUCAAUACAAGCCAAAGCACACUACCAGUUAGAAACAGAGGGGCUGGAUACAGGUUUGGUCUUCCACAUAGAAGAUGAGAGAAUGGCUGACAUUGUUUUCAAUGUUGGAUCAAAAAACAGCACAGCUAUAUUGGCAGUAUCUCUGUGGCAACAGAUGAAACUACUCCAGGGACUCAUACCCACCUCUCUACAGAUGAACUGCACAGGGGACGCCACUGCAGACCGACUCUCAGCCCAGUGCUAUGGAAAUGUGGCAGGUCGCCCUGUGGAGACUCUCCUGCCCCCACAGACCUCAGUCAACAUCUCCAUCUCCCGUUCUGGCUGCUCCACAAAUCUCAGUACUUUUUUCCAGACUGAGGACGAACAGAAAGGCAGCCUUACUCUGUAUCUAUCUUGUUAUCCCAGCCUCAGCCUAAAAGCAUCUGUCCAGCACUCUGUAGAGGCAAUACAGAUGCUGGGAUUUCCCUCCCAUGGAGCAGUGACUCUGAAUGUCUCAACUGCACAUCUGCCUAGUGUGGAGGUUGGCUUGGAUCUGGGACGCUGUUAUUUCAAGGGUAAACUGGAGAAGACCAAAGAAACAGGAGGGGACCAGACUUUUUACGCUGUCAAUGUGACCAACUACUGUCCUUCUCUACAGGUAACGGUCCUCCCAGUGUCCCUGGCUUUUCAGGGUCUCCUAUCAGUCUCCCCCUGCCAGCUGACGGUGACCUCCUCUUUGAGGGCAGACAACCAGGACCUCAUCCUGGAGCUGGCACAGUCCUGCAGGCCUCAGCAUCUCACUGGGACCCUCGCUCACUCCUUCCCCGGGCUGAGGAGUCGAGGUCUGCCGCAGACGAUCUCCAUAGAGGCUACAGGAGGCCCUGAGCAGAGCGGGACUCUGUUCAUCAAAGCUGGGACAUGUCACAUUAGAGCCAACAGAGUCAUAGAGGCCAAAGGAAGGACACGGUGGCUCUGGGCUCUGGAGUCCAAGUGCCUGAUGUUAAAGGCCCAUUUGAAUGGGUCAGUGUGGCGGGACCCUGAGGGCAUCUGGACAGCCACGGUGGAUGCUGAUCUGGAAGGUAAAAGGGGUUUCCUGAGGCUUAACGCAAGGCCCUGGCCAGGGCUGAGUAUAGAGGGUGAGCUCAGUCAAAACCUUCCUGCUCUGUGGGGUUUACCUGAACACAGCAGACUGAGAGUGACCAGCAGGGCCGGAAAACAGCGAUACGACACAGAAGCCCUCAUUCAGAUGGAUGAGUGUGCCGUUAGCGCCGGUGGAGCUGUGAUGUCACAGUCAGGCCUGCAGGGGUCAGUGGUGUAUCACAACAACUGCUCGAUGGUUCAGGAGUGGGGUAGUCCAGACAGGAUGCAGGCAUCUGGGUUGUUGGUUGUCUCCCCAACUUUUGCUGAAUCUCAGGUUUCCAUGGCGAUAGAUGAGACAGAGUUACAGGCUUUACUGGCUCUUAAGAAAACAAAGGAUAAAAAUGAAGCAUCCCUUCAUCUAAACCACUCUGUACCCUUGAUGAAGAAGCUAGGUCUCCCCGCAAAUGCCACAGUAACCGUGAAUUCUGGGAGUCACGGCAACAACACAUACUUUUACAUAUUCAACAGCAGUGCAGGAAAUCAAAAGCUAACUCAUGAGAUGACAGUUUCAAAGGUGCCUGAAACAGUAAGAGUGAAGAGUCAUUUCAGGCACACGGUGAACUAUCUGAGGAAACUGGGAAUCCCUGGAAACAACAGCAUUCAGGUAGAGCUUGGUUCUGCUGAGGGGAAAGCCUUGACCUUACAGUCCCAGUUUGGAGGUCAGCAGGCAGCACUGAGACUAAAGAUGAAAUGUUUUCCCAUGACCAAAGAGAUAAGUGGAAGCAUGCGACACAGUUACACAUGGCUGCAGGACCGAGGACUACCACUCAGUAUAGAGGGUCUAUGUUCCAUCCAGGGAGUGUUUUCUCAGCUUCAGUCCAGGGCUCAGCUCACUGUGGACGGAUACAAGCUGCUCACCUCUGGCUUUAAUGUCAGUGCGGCUGAUGGACGUCUGGGCCUGCAGCUCUCCUACUCUCCACAGGCUUCGAACCAAACAGAGGCACAAUUCAGUCUGGACACUGCACUCACUGCUCAGUUUAAAGGUCCUCUGCGGAGCGCCUCAGUAGAUGUUCGCUGUCAAGACUGGAGGGUCCGAGCAGUGGGGGACAUGGGAGGCUGGAGGGCACAUGGUGGGUCCAAGGAGGCCAGACUUACACUUAAACAUACUGUUCAGGGACAAACUAGUCCUGCUUUACAGCUUGAAGCCUGGGGAAGACUCACCGAGUCACAGCUGAGGUGUUCAAUGGUCGUGAACCCCGAACUCAGCUCGUCGCUCGCUCUCAUUGUCCAGGGACACCAUCUGCCUCAUAGCAAGGACCUGAUGGUGAAGGUAGUUCAGAAUAUCCCAAAGGUGUUGGUCUACCUGCCCUCUCAGCUCAAUGUCCGCUCACAGCUGAACCAGUCCCAGGCCGGUGUAUCAGGACUGGUGGAGGUGUUGUCAGGCAGGAGGAGGCUGUUGGCUCUGGGGGAACUGGCAGGCAUCGAGAGCGGAUACAGACAAGCUCUGGAGCUCAAACACUCGUACCCACAGUUGAAGCCACUCCCCAGGGCUGUAGUGGUGAGGACAGUGUAUGAAGCCAGGAACUGGAGUUACCAAGUUCAACAUGGAGCUGUGUGGGGCAAUCAGGAGUUCAGCAUAUCUGGUCUAUACUCUGCUCCUCCAGCACUGGAGAUGGGGAACCAGACCCUGAAGGUUCAGAUCAACUGCAUCCCUCGCUGGACUAGUUUGGAGGUGACACUGGAGCGUUCCCUACAGGGCCGACUGGACAGUUUAUCAUUGGGCUGGACGAGGCAUGGGAGAAUGGAGCAGGUCAGAGCUCUCAGCUCAUGGAGUCGGUCAGAGGAGACGAACGAGACCAUGCUGGAGCUGAAACAGCCGUUCUCCUCCACAUUCAGCCAGCUGUCCCUUCACACACUGUCACACAGCUCACAGAGGGAACAACGCAGCAGCCACCAGACCCACCUGUCAUGGGACAGUGCAGUCCCUGUCAAUGUGACCCUCAGCCUGAACAAACAGUGGCAGACCAACUCCAGCAGGGGGCAGGCAUGUGCUCUGUUCUCAACACAACAGAUAGUAGUGUCUUCUGUUAAAGGAUGUGUGUCAGUGGGUCAGGAGGGAAACUCGUAUUCACAAAAUGCAGAGCUAAGAUGGGACAACAGGAGUGUCAAGCAAGGCAUGAAAUAUCAGAAAGGUCCAUGGGGAAUGCACAAUCUUCAGGUUAAUGUUGGGUUGGACAAAGUGUCUCCUGCACCCUGUCCUUCUCACACACUCCUGGCCAAAGUCCAGACCAACCUCAGGGAUCGCUUGGAGCACACAGUGCUGCUGGGCCUCUGCCCCUCACAGCCUACUCUAUCGUGGUCAGGAUCCCACAGAGUGAACUCAGGAGAGGAGCUGUUUUACUCACAGUCUCGUCUGUCGGUGACAGGACGUCCCUACCACUGCAGCCUCACCCUCGCUCUGACCAACUCCUCCACUGCUCAGGGUUCCAACAUGUCUCUGUUCUCUGAGUCUAGGAUGGGUAACUGGAGUGUGGAAGUAGAGGGCAGUGCCCUGUCUUGGCCCCAAGGCUCUGGUCUCCAGGUGCAGGCCAGACUGGACCGCAGAGAGAAGAUCUGGCUGAAUGGGACGUUAGAGGGACGAUGUCUUCAGACCAGAGCUGGUUAUACGAACAGUUCAGGCCUUAGUGAAGACCUCGCUGUAGCUGCAUGUGUGGGAACAAAUCGCAGUUUGAUGCUGGAUGUGCGGAAAAGAGACGGCAGCGGUAGAUGUGGAACUCUGGGCAGUGUGUCUGUGGGAACAGCGGAUCAGAGGCUUAUGCUGAGAGCAAGUGGCUGUUUGGAGAGUCUUACUGCUGUGGAGGCACGGAUUCACUAUUUGAGCUCUCGGCUAUGGAAUAAGCUGUUGGAGAGAACCAAGACUUUACAGCAUCUCCUCACUGAAUUCAGACGACAGUCCAGAGACAGUGAACUGCUCCAGGAGCUGAGCAUCGUGCUCCUUCAUGUUUCCCAGCGAGUUGAGGCUCUGCUUGGGCAGAGAGACAGAGGUUUGUUGGCCCUGUGGCAGAGCAGCCCCCUUCGUCAAACUGUGACCGAUACCCUGCCUCGUCUUCUGAGUCUGCUGCAGCACGCCUCGCUGCUGGGACAACAGGAACUGAGGAGGCCCUUGGCCACUCUGGCGGGUAUAUAUCAGGAUGUGAAUGGUCAACAGCUGGAGGCCCUGUGGAGGGAGGCUGUUCUGCUGUGGACUGACAGGCUGGUGGAGAUCUUACCUGCUCUGCUGGGGAACCCUCAGCUGAGGCCGCUGGCUCAGGCCGGCAUCACCACGCUGAGUGUUGCCCUGGAUGUGGCUGGGCAGCAUACCUACUACUGGAUGGAGACCAGGUUGGCCACAGCUCUGUCUGGAGUCAGGAAACGAUUGGCCUCUGUCUACAAAUUCUCCCCCAGUGAGUGUUCUGCGACUGUGUCAGUGCCGCUGCCUCCGCUCCCCUGGUCGAGGGUUGCUGAGGCCGGACUGGUGGAGAUCCUUCUGGAGGAGUGGCUCCUGAGGCCGCUGCAGACGCUUGCAUCCGUCAGACCCACUGCUGAACUUUACCGCCUCAAGAGGAAGAUCAUGGACAGCCCGUUUACACACCAAGCUCUGCUGGUGGCAGAUCAGUUUGUAGUGACGUUUGAUGGUCACCUGUAUGAGCUGCCAGGUCCAUGUCCGCUGCUCCUCGCCCAAGACGUCAGCACUGACCCCUCAUUCACACUGCUGCUCAGUUCAGACUCACAGAACCUCCUCCUGAUAGAAAUGAAUAAUAGCACCAUCAACAUUCAGCAUGGUGGACAGGUGAAGGCCAACUGCAGCAACACUGUAACACACACAUUUCACAGUGACAGUGGAGUGGCUGUCCGAAGAGGGUCAAAUAUUGUCCAGGUGUCCAAUCAGAAUGGAGCGUCAGUGUCAUGUGACCUGUCGCUUGAGGUGUGCAGUUUCACUCUGGAUGGAUGGUUACAUGGCACGUCCACUGGUCUGUUAGGGACCAAUGACAAUGAAGCAGGAAAUGAUUUUCCUUUGCCUGAUGGGUCUCAGGCUGAAAACUUGGACAGUUUUCUCUAUAGUUGGCAGAUGAAACCAGAGUGUAUCAGAUCACCAGCUGCAGCAGCUACAAGCCCUGUGAGCUGUGACUAUCUGUUCUCCUCCCCUGAUUCUCCACUCAGUUCCUGUUUCAGGGUGGUGGAUCCUGGUCAGUUCUCAUCAGUGUGUGAGUUAAGCUCCUCCAGAGCCCCCUGCAGAUUGGCAUCUGCCUUUGUUCAUCUCUGCCGGCAGAACUACAUACUACUGGAGGUCCCAGUCCAGUGCUUGAAAGUAUGAAUGAAGGAGGAGUUUUUCAAAAGCAAAGAUGAGUGAAUUAUGACCCCCUUAGCUGCUAAAACAGACACAUUUACACUCUUAUACCACUGGUUGUGCCACAUUAAUUCUAUGCAUACAUCAAUUUUGUACUCUGUUAUAUAGAUAAAUAAUAUUAUACCUCCUGUAAUGCACACUUUUCUCUUGUUUAGACAUGCAGAUAUUGUGCCAGUAAUGUGAAUGUGAACAUGCUAACUAUAGCAGGUAGUUUUUCAUUAAUCACAAAGCCUUUUUUUAAAUAUUUUCUGUGGUCUGUAGUACAAACACUGAAGAUAUGUGUGACUGACUUUAGUGCAACCACAGUAACUAAUCCUCACAACCAAACUUUGAUCAUGAAGAGAUCAACAAAUAUUUUUAUACAGUUUGAUAAAGUGCAUUUAUUACAUUGUUGUAUACUAUGUGUGUUGAAUACAUGUUUGUAUUUCUCUUCA